CCGCGGCCUACGUCACGAAGCGUCGGUCUCCACUUCCGUUUCCCCCUAUACACGCGCGCGCACACACGCGUUAACGGGCAGCAGCAGCAGCGGCGGUGGUGGCGACGGCAGCUGUGGCUGAGGGGAGUUAGGGCUCAGGACAGCGAGAUUAAAACAGAUAUCCAGCAUACCACUUUGUUGCAGUUGGAUAUUUUAAAUCUUUCAGACCCCAGAAACGUUAUCAUGUACUCACCACAAUGAACGGGAGAAUAUUUGUAGAGACAUUAAAGAAAAUUGGUUAUCCUAAUGCCAAUCAAUUAAAUGGGGAGCACUUUGAUUGGUGGUUUGACAUUGGCGAUGAAAGAAUGUUUGUAGAAUGGUUCUGCAACACUGUAAAUGAACAGAAUGUACUAUCAGAAGAAGAGUUGAAUGGAUUGAAAAGACUUGAAGUUGAAGAUUGCCUGUUAGAUCAGAAAGACUUGGAUCAGGUCUUGGAGACACGACCUAAAGAUGUGAAAUCAAAAUAUGGCAACCUGGAAGAGAUGACAGUUGACGAACUGGAAAGUGAAAUUGAAGUGCUACAGUUGACUCGAAAUCUUAAAAUCCAGCGACGGAAUAAGCAACAACUGAUGGUCACUAAAAUACACCAUCUGCCGAUGCAGCUACGGGAUCAGGAGGAUGAAUGUGCCCGAUUAUUGAGAGAAAUACGUCAACAACUAGUGGUUAAAAAUGCCAAAUUAAAUGACACGCUGUUAAACAUUCACAAGGAAGUUCAGGAGCUAAGUUCUGCGUAUUCGAGUACUGAGGCAGAAAAGAGACCAGAGCAAGAGAUUGUCUUCCUGUCACAACUUGCAUUGGACCGCUAUCUGCAACAAGAGGAACAAUGCACCUCAGCGCUCACUGAAUACACCAAGAAACAGUUUUUUCAGGGCAUAGUGGAGUUGGUUGCAAGCUCUGAUGUAGAAAAAUUUCAGUUGGUGCACUUAACUUCUCAACCGGUACAAGGACAGUGCAACGAGGUACUCGAAGAAUAUAAACAACAAAUGGCAAGAAUCCAAGCAGUAUACAGCAGUGGCCAACGGCAGUUAAUUUUGGCAAAAGCGAAGGAACAAAGUACAGAGGCUAGACUUCAAUACUUGGAACAGAUAAUUUCAUCAAUGCGAACAAGAAAGCUGACUGAUGAUGCAAAUGGUAUAAAAGCCAAGAAGAGUAGUUUGGCCAAAGAACUAACUUCAAUAAAUGUCCAAAUAGAACAACUGAUUAACGAGGAGCUUCCUGAUCUAAUUGUCGAGAACGCACAACUCUUAAAUAUGCCAGUUGUGAAAGGUAAUUUUGACCUGCAGAUGUCUCGCCAAGAUUACUGCACCUCCAAGCAGGAUGAAAUUGCAAGUCAGCUGAUCAAACAGAAAGCUCGAUUUGAACUACUUCAACUCGCAUAUGAAAUGGAACUGUGUAAACAUAGGGAAACGCAUCGGCAGCUCGAGAAUCUGGCUAAGAAACUUAAUCAAAGCAGAGAAGACUUUGUGAGGCGUUUGGAGAUGAUGUCUGAUAAGUCUCUAUUGCCAAGUAAUAAACAACAGACCUUAAUUGAUUCAAGUGAUACCACUACUGCCAGACUUGCUGAGAUUUUAGUGGGAGAUGACGAGCAGCAGCCGUUCAAAACAUACAGUGGUCUAGAAGAGGGAGCCAAAACGCUUCAGAAGGAAGUAGUUUGUUUAAAGGACCAGUUAAAUGCAACAAUGCACAAUCAGUCUUUCCUGCGGUCAGCACUAGAAUCUGACAUCGAGAAACUUCAGAGUGUUAUGUAUACUGGAUCCAAGCAACUUUUACUUCACUCUGAGGAACUGUCUGAACCUCUUCGGAAAUUGGAAAGUCAAUUGCAGAGACUACCCCAAAUCAUUGGAAAUAUAGCUGAUGAUAUCAAAUCAAAACAUAAAAUGUUGUCAAGCAACUCCAUUUGUAGAGGCGAGAGAAGUCUGUAUGUCCAUUUCUUUCAAGAUCCUGAUCGACUGAAGAAGAUUGUGGAGGAUUUUGAAAGGAAAUUUCAGACUCGCAGCAUCGGAUUGGACAGCUGAUGAGUGACCAUCAAGUAGAAAACACGACAGAGUGUGAAGGCCCAUCUGAAUAAUAACUUCUCUUAACAUGAUCAAUUCUGGUUAUUUGCAUAGUAAUGUACAUUAGAAAACUGAAGGAAUCCUAAGUUUGUAUCCCUCCACCCAAUCGUAUGAUUUCUUUAUGAACUUUUUUUUUCAAACGGCUUUUUGCCUGAAAUGUAUAUAAUUUUAACUCUAGUUGAUUAAAUUGCAACAUUGGGCAUAUCUGUACUGGGCAGAAUUCAGUUCUGACAUUGAGACAAUUUUUUUUCGUUUUGUGGUUAACAAUUUUAGAUAAAUAAAGUAUUUCAAUCAGGU